AUGGGUCCACGGACUCUUGGUUGGGAAGUGCUCUGCCAUAGUCAAAUGAUAUUCACUCUAAAUAUUUAUUAUAUCUCAAGAAAUGCUCGCGACAAGAUCACGUAUAACGACGCCGCAAACGAAGGGUUCAAAACUCGAGGGAUGGUGUUCACGAGACCCUCUUCGGUAGCCUACCCAACGGUGUGGCACCGUUUCACCGUGCGCCGCCAAGGCACCACCGCCAGCCUCCGCGUCCAGGACCUGACGGAGGACAAGCAGGAGGAAGCGCUCGCCCUGCUCUCCAAACACUUCACGAGGGACGAGCCGCCCUGCAAGUACAUAGGCAUUAACAAAUACCCAACGGCUGUGGCGGAGCUUGAGGGCUUGUGGCGGAAGACUGUGGCGGACAGGCUGUCGCUGGUGUGCGUGGAGGACAAGGAUGACGGAACCUCGUCGCUGGUCGGGGUCAACGUGCUCACGGUCGCCUGCAAGGACGACAAGGAAGAACCCUUCAAGACGGAGGACAGGAUCUGGGCGAAGCUUUUCGGCGCUGUGGACCUGGUGGCUCGCAGCGUGGACCUGUUCCAGAAGUACGGCGUGGACAAGUACCUGACCGCUUACGGGCUGGUGGUGGCACCAGAGUGGAGGGGCUGCAACAUCGGAAAGGAGAUACUGAAGGCGCGG